CUGUUUAUCAGUUGAUCUAGUGCGUUUGAUCUGCUUGAGCAUGAACCGAGUAGCCAACCGCCAAAUAAUUCACAGUUUCCAAGCUAUCAGUCAUAUAUUUAGAUUAUCCUCGUUCACUGAGCACACUUGUAAACUGAUAAGAUAAAGUACCUUCUUUAAUUUUGUAGUAUUACAUGAAAGUUUAGUCUUCAGUGUUUCGUCUACAUCACCGGUAGCUUUUAAAGUGAACUACUCCUAUUCCUUGUGAACUUUAAACAAUUUAAUUUUUAAGAAACUCUCCGAAAGAUUGUGAUGAGCAAUACUUAUAAGUGAUUUUAUUUACCUAAUUAUUGACUCUUAGUUCAGUGUUAUUCAAGUGGGAUCAUGAAGCUCAUCCUGAUCUUAAAUUUGUUCCUUGUCUAUCAUCCAUCCCUUCUCAAAGCUGAUGAACCGCUGGAUUGGUGGCAAACUGGAGUUUUCUAUCAGAUAUACCCCCGCUCUUUCAAAGACAGCGAUGGCGAUGGAGUUGGUGACCUCAAUGGAAUCACAGAAAAAGUUGACUACUUGAAACAGCUAGGUAUUACUGCCGUCUGGCUUUCACCUAUCUUUAAAUCACCCAUGGCUGAUUUUGGGUAUGAUAUUUCUGAUUAUAGAAACAUUGAGCCCCUGUUUGGUACUUUAGAUGAUUUUGAAAAAUUGAAGAACACACUCCAUUUACAUGGGAUGAAACUCAUUUUAGAUUUUGUUCCCAACCAUUCAAGUGACGAGCAUGAAUGGUUUCAAAAUUCUGUUAAAAAUAUCACUCCUUACCGAGAUUAUUAUGUGUGGAAGGACGGCCGUUUCAUUGAUGGAGUCCGCCAUCCGCCGAACAAUUGGGUUAGCCAAUUUGGUGGUGCUGCCUGGACGUGGAAUGAUCAGCGGCAGCAGUAUUAUCUCCACCAGUUCCAUUAUAAACAACCUGAUCUGAACUACCGUAAUCCUCUUGUUGUUGAAGAGAUGAAGGAAAUCCUCCGAUUUUGGCUCAAUAAAGGAGUUGACGGCUUUCGUAUGGAUGCUGUUUUCACUAUCUUUGAAGAUGACCGAUUUUUGGACGAGCCCCGAUCCUUCAAGCCUGGCUAUCUUCCCACAGAUUUUGAUUAUUACAAUCACAAGUACAUGCUUGACCAACCGGAAACCUUUGAUAUGAUUUACCAAUUUCGAGAAGUUUUGGAUAGUUACUCAAGUCAGUCGUCUAAGUCCAAAAAACCUUGCUCUGAAAAUGAUGUUAUUGAGUGUGAUGACACUAUGGCCUCUCAACUGUUAAGUGCUCAUACUGGGACAAGAUUCAUGGCUACAGAAGCGUAUUCCCCAAUUUCAGAUGUGAUGAAAUACUACGGGAACACAACACACAAUGGAGCUCAUUUUCCUUUCAACUUCUUAUUUAUUACUGAUUUAAAUCGUCAGUCAGAUGCAUCUGACUUCGAAAAAGUAAUCAAAUUGUGGUAUUCAAACAUGCCAACGGGUAAAUGGGCAAACUGGGUUGUCGGGAACCAUGACCAGCAUCGAGUUGCAUCCCGAUAUGGUAGAGAACUUGUGGAUGGAAUUCAUAUGAUCCAAUUUCUAUUACCUGGCACUGUCAUCACCUAUAUGGGUGAUGAACUUGCAUUAGAGAAUACUUUUAUUCGCUGGGAUGAAACCAUUGAUCCACCAGGUCUCAACGCAGGCAAAGACCGGUACUUGAAAUUUUCCCGUGAUCCGGAACGCGCUCCAUUUUUGUGGGAUAGCUCAGUAAGUGCAGGGUUCUCCACAAACAAAGACACUUGGUUACCUGUUCAUCCCGGUUACUGGCACUUCAACUUUCAAAAGCAGCUAGCUGAAUCGAAAAGUCAUUUUAAAAUCUACCGUAAAUUAGUCGGUUUGACUAAACACAAGGUACUGAUGUAUGGUGAACUAGCCAUCAUCAUCCCAUCAGACUGGGUAAUCAUGAUUGUAAGGACAUACGAAGAUUCAUUUUUCCUUACUAUUGUUAACCUUGGAAGUCGUUUUGAAACUUUAGAUCUACGGAAGUCAAUAGCUCUUCCUGCAUCAAAAUUAAUGGUUUAUGUGUCCAGCAUGAAUUCAAUUUACCAAGACGGAGAUAUGGUUCCGUUUGAGGAGGUUCAUCUUCGACCAAAGGCUGGAAUAGUUCUAACAAAUACAAAUAUCAAAGCUUGAAGUGAAGAUGUUUUUUCUUACUGAUCAAAUUUCCAAUCUGAGGGAAAUGUGCGCAAAUUUUACAACUCAGUUUUCGAAACCUGUCAUCAGGCUCCUUUGUUUACCUUUGCCUUUGUUUCCUGUAUUCAGAAUGUCAAUAGGGCGUGAAACCUCAGAAGAAAAAACGUUUCCCAAAAAUAUCAGAGGAAAGAGAACUAAGUUGGGGACAUUAAUGAAGUAGAGUGGAAUCAUUCUAUCAAUUCUCUACUGUAUUUUAAGUUUUCACAAUUGUUAGAAUGAUAAUUUUGGACACUCAUAAGUGAAAGCUUUGCAGAAAACUGAUAAAAACUGAUAAAAAGAAACUGAGAGCUUUAAGGUAAAUUUUAAAAUAAUUGGCAGAAAAAUGUCAUUUUCUGUGCUCAAUGAUAGACCACCGUUUCAAUUAGUCUUAAAGGUUUUGUAAUUUUGAUAAGAUGAGCCUGGUACAAGUGAAAGUCUGUUGGACACGAUGCAAAAAAUAACUGAAGUUUUAUUUAAGUCGCUAUUUAUACGGGUACUUAUUGCCUUUGUCAUCUGAGGAAAGGUGAAUGUUUUCAUCUUUUGCUUUCUAAAUUUUUUAAUGUUUGAUCAAUGAGAAGCCAAGGAAAAAGGAAGUAAUUUUAAGGAGAGUUGAUUAUGUGAUCAAACAGUUUACUCAGAAUGUAUGCAUACAACGGCCCAACAUGAUAAAGUGCUCCAUCAGCCCGGCAGCCUCGUACGAGAGAAGAACCUUAUGCCUCUGUGUAGUUUAAUUUUUCUUUUAAGUUGCCAAAAAAUACUCUAAAAACGUAGAACAAGCUGGAUCAAAGGUUUUUUUUCUAUUAACAAUUUAUUCAAUUUUCAUUUCUCUGUCUUUUCUCCUCUGAAAUUACUUUAACAAUUUUUGCUUUACCUCUCAUUAUUUAAACAUAAUUCAUCCUUGCUUUGAGCACUCGUUCAAAUUUCUUUAAGAGAACAUUUCUUUAAAAGAAAUCUGAACACUCGUCCAAAUUUCUUCAAAAGAAAAUAGGUAUCUGGAAAAUUACAUGAAUGAAUGAAUGUAGGUUUUGUUUGUGGUGAUUUUUAAGUUUUUUAUUUUUAUGCAGUGAAAUUGCAAGGUACAUACUCUCUUCUAUGAUUUUGUGAUAUUACUGUUAUUUUUAGUCUCUAAUUCAAUUUUAAUCAUUAAGUGUCUGCAAACAGAGUAUUAGUCUUUUUUUUCUUGUUAUCUUCUGUUAUACAGAAACAUUAAAAUGCUGUUUUUAUUUUAUUUGUUAAUUUUACUUCUCUAUAGUUUUUGCACUAGUUUUUUAUGCAAUGAAGUAUAUAUUUUUUUCUUUCUACAAAAUGGAAGCACUGAGAGUGUUAGUCAUUAAAAUCUUCUUCAUUUUUGUUCUUUAAGAACACCUAACUUGAUUGGUAGUGAGCAGCUUCAUUUUACUUUCAUUUGUACCCUUAAAAUUUUGAAUUUUCAAAUUUUUUUCUCAGUUACUUUUUCAUUACCACGCAGUGUUUUGGAGAUUCUGAAUCUCUAUUGAUAUCCAAACGGCAAAAGGUAAUAUAUUUUCUAACUGUAUGCUUUUAGAUUGAAUCCUUGAUCUUUAAAUAUUUUUCAUUACUCACUGUGAAAAUUUUGCUCUCUUUUUUUAACGCAUCAAAUAAUUCUAGUAAACCCUUUCAUUAAAGUUACUGUAUGCAAAUGACUCUCUAUGUUUGAUCAUACUUUUUCUCUUGUUAAUUUCUCAGUUUUUCCAAUUGGUUCUAGAAUGAUGAACCUCGGUCCCCUACUUCAUCACCAUGAUUUUUUUUACUUGUUUUUGUGUCAGAUUGUUUCCACGCACAUUUUUAAUGAGACUCCUGUUGUGCUCAAUCUAAUGAGUGAUUUAAGGCUAAUGAAUGUAUUUUAGCCUCAUUGAAUAAUUCCAAUCAAUUUACUUAGGAUAAUAAACAUUUGUUAUCUCUGCAUUGAAAAUCUCUCUUUAAUCUCAUGCUCCAGGGAGUCAAAAGUGAAGGUCACGUAUCAGUUAGGUUUAUCUCAUAUGGUGUUAAAACUUAAAAUAGCCAUUGCUGCCAUUUUUUUAUCUUCAUUCCUACAUCUGCUUUAAUCAAUCUGCUGCGCGAAAAUUCAUAGCAUGAAAAUAGUGAGGUGAGAAGAGAAGGUGGACGAAAGAUCAUCGAUCAUACUUUUGCUCACUUUUCUGUGGUUCCGCAAAAUUUGCUCCUAUUUUUAGCUUCGAAUCAAUUUUAAUCAGCGGACUUUAAUCUAUUCCUAGCUUGUGAAGGUCAAAGCAUAGGAAAAUUAAAAUCUUACCUCUUUCAUGGUGGAAAUUUUUUAUGAGAAAUUCAGAACUGCCUUUGCUCUUUGAUAGUACUAAACGCUUUUAUUGAUACCUGUAGUUGCUCACAAAAUAAAAAUCUAAGAAAAGGGACAUUUCCUAUUGCGUCCACCUGUUUAAAUUAUACACCUUUCAAUAAAACCUCUUUUUUAACUGCAGCUCGUUUAAGAUUUUUAAUGCAAUAAUUUAUUUUUUGAAACUUUUAAAAAUUUACUUGAUUAUAUACUGUGGCAUCUACUAAUUUUAUAUUUCAGCUAUCCAUCCUCAUUAAAUGGAUUCACAAGUGCUCUUAUCAAAUAAUCGUCGAGAGUGAAUCAAGUCUGAGUCAUUAUAAUAUUGUACCUAUUAAGAAUGAUGAAAAUGUCAUGAAAUGUAAGGUCAAAUAGUGUUGUUAAAGAAAAAGGAGAAAAAAAAUAGACAUUGCACCUUUUUAAAUUCUUACAAUGUUUAACAGCUGAGUUUGCAGCUUCAGUUGAUAAUUUCACACUUACUUAAAUUUGUGAUGAAACUUAAUUAAAAUUCUCUACUUUCGUUUUCGAUCAUUUUCCAGGAGUUACACAAAUGUGUUUUCUUAUAAAACUUUGCUGCAUUUUUAACACUCUUUCAUUUUAAAACACAGUAAUGUUUUAAUUCACACCAAAUUUUCAAAUCUACAAAAUUGGGGAAGAAGCCAUGAAGAGGCUUGUACGAAAUGAUCAGAUUUCUCAAAAAACAUAUCCAGGUGCAAUUCUUAAAAUUUUAAUGAUCAAAUUUCACUCAAAGACAUGGUGCUGGCAUGAUAUAUGUUGAAUGUUCUGUAACUUCUUUUUGGUUAAUAAUCUGUUUUUUUUUUUACUUUGUAUAUAGUAUAUUUAGGUAUUGAUAAGUAUUAUUUAAGUUAAUGUGCAAAAACCUUUACUAUAGGUACCUUGUAAAAACAUUUUGCUAUUUUGUUCCACAAAUAUUAAAAGACACCUGAAUAAACUUCAAAAAUUCAUUCA